AUGAUCAAGACAUGUAAUGUGCAAGUGUUGGGUGAUUCGAGUGACGAUUAUAUCGAUCGGAUCAAUAAUAAAACUGUUGAAUGCACUCGACUUGUGGUCCCAGAGUUUGAUCAGACAAAUGACAAUACUUACGGCAUAUGGAAUGUGGAGCGCCGGUGCUGUGCUCUAUCAGUAUUCAAUGGUUGUAGAGAUAAAUAUAGCAAGAAUGAGUGCGACCAUGAUAUGUUUAACGAUAACCUCGCAUGUGCAAAGAUCACAAAUAUGUGA